AUGCUGCUUGCUACUUUUCUGCUGUUCUUCUCCUCUGUGAGCACAGUAAAAUCCCAGAUAACAAACUUGCCUGAAAGUACCACCCCGUUCAUUACUACUACAGCGAAAGGAACAGCACCUCCUGUGUAUCUGCGGGUCAAACCGGACUACCAAGUUGUAACAGGUCCAACAGUCGAACUGUACUGCCAUGCUAACACCAUACCGCCCUACAUCCGCUGGUCCUGGCAGCAUCUGGAGGGUGAGACCUGGCGAGAGGUGGACCACAGUAGGAACCUGAGCCUCACAGAGCCAAACCAAAGCGGGCUGUACCGCUGCAGGGCUGAGAACGGGUAUUCUGAGAGUACGAGCAAUAUCAUCAGAGUCUAUAUCAUCCCCAUGCAGCCAACAGAGAUCGUGACUGGGAAUUUCGGGAUGCCCGGCUUCGUUCUUUCUCUCCUUGCCUUGAGCGUCAGUCUGUCUGUUCUGUGUUGGCUGGGCUGGGAAAGAUUAUGUGGCACACAGCCCCCCUCGAACACGGCAGCUAAAGGUUGUCCUGCACCCGUAAAGGCACAAAAGGGAGGUCUCCCAUCGACUCAAGGCGACGGAAAUGUGUACAUGAAUUACACAAACACCAACCAAGACUACAGUAAUCUGGACCCCGUCAAUAUGACAGGGGACAGUAUGUACUCAAGUUUGUCAUGAGCAGUCAGGGGAAGGUGAGAAGUGCAAUAAAAAGAGGAAGAACGACACAAAGGGUUUUUUCCAGUUAUUGUCAGCAUGUAGCUCUCAUCAUUCUGUUUGACCUGAUAGAUACGGCUUGCCAUAUGACGUCAGUGUGUACUUUAAAGUUAAUAAACACAAUUGGAACA